UUUAUAUAUUGGCGGUGUAAAACUUUAAUCGCAUUGGUUGCGACAACGCAACACAGUGCAGUAUAUUUUAGUAAAGUAUGGAUUACUUUAUCGGCGUAGAUGUGGGAACGGGUAGUGUGAGAGCCGCAUUAGUCGCGAAAAACGGGAAAGUGGCAAAAGCUGCGGUGGAAAAUCUAAAAACAUGGAAUCCUCAACCGGACUUCUACGAACAGUCUUCAGAUGAUGUGUGGAAUUGCUGUAAAAAGGUUAUCAAGGAAGUUGUAAAAGACAUACCAAUAAAUUAUGUAAAAGGUAUUGGAUUUGAUGCUACCUGUUCGUUAGUUGUUUUAAACAAGGACAUGAAGCCUCUCUCUGCGAGUUUAGAAGGCACUUCCGAGCAAAACAUAAUUUUGUGGAUGGAUCAUAGAGCAGUUAAAGAAGCUAAUUUUAUAAAUGAUUUAAAACAUCCCGUGCUUAGAUUUGUCGGAGGAAAAGUCUCUUUGGAAAUGGAAAUUCCAAAACUUUUAUGGUUGAAAACACAUCUUCGUCAGGAAUGUUGGGAUCAAGCGGGUGCAUUUUUUGAUUUGCCUGAUUUUUUAACUUGGAAAGCUACUGGCUGUGAUACUAGGUCAUUAUGUUCUUUGGUUUGUAAAUGGAAUUAUGAAAUCCAACCUGAUGGAGCUGGACAAUGGAAUCGGGAAUACUUGCUAAAAAUAGGAUUAGAGGAUUUAGUUGAGGAUAAUUUUAAAAAAAUAGGUUCAAUUGUUAUUCCACCAGGGACGCCGGUAGGAAACGGACUUUCUGCAGCUGUUGCUAAAGAACUGGGAUUGAAUGCGGGCAUCCCUGUUGGAACAUCCUUAAUAGAUGCUCAUGCAGGUGGUUUGGGAAUGAUAGGAUGUAGAGCAGACGGAAUUUUAGAAGAAUUUCAUUCCAAAAUAGGUUUAAUUUGUGGAACAUCUACUUGUCACAUGGCUGUCUCAAAAGACCCAGUAUUUUGCCCAGGGGUCUGGGGACCUUAUUACAGUGCAAUGGUACCUAACAUGUGGCUCAAUGAAGGAGGUCAAAGUGCAACCGGAAAACUGAUAGAUUUUGUAAUAGACAGUCACCCUGCCACGACGAAAAUUAAAGAAAAAUCAAAAGAAAGACAUAUUCAGAAUUAUUUAAAUGACGUAUUAAAAGAUAUGGCUAAAAGACAAAACUUACCUUGUGUUGCAUUUUUAACGAAAGAACUCCACAUUUGGCCGGAUUUUCACGGAAAUCGUUCACCACUAGCUGACCCUUCGUUAAAGGGAAUGAUUUCAGGGUUGACAUUAUCAAAUGACGAAGAAAAUUUGGCGAUAUUAUAUUUAGCAACAGUUCAAGCACUUUCUUAUGGCACAAAGUACAUAAUAGAAUCUCUUGUAAAAUCGGGUCAUUCUGCAAUAAAAACCAUCCUCAUAUGUGGGGGGUUAAGUAAAAAUUCACUUUUUACUCAAGUACAGGCUGAUGUGGUAAAUUUACCCGUGGUUUGCCCCGACGAACCCGAAUCGGUAUUACUGGGAUCAGCUAUUUUAGGAGCGUGUGCAGCUGGUACAUUUCCCGAUAUUCGAACAGCUAUUUCAUCAAUGGGAGGAACGGGAAAAGUUAUAAAACCUGAUAGCGCUACAAUCGAUUUCCAUGCGCGAAAAUACAAAGUUUUCUUGAAGAUGGUCGAAGAUCAACGUCUGUACAGAAAUAUCAUGGAUUCAUGAAUACUAUUUGUUUAGUAAAAAAACACAUUUAUUAAUUUUGGUUUAUGUAAAAGAAAUGUAAACAAUAAAUAAACAACAAAAGUUGAGUUUGUAA